GCCGGCUUGAUCAAUCCAAAGAAAUAAAAUUUGCGAAUUUGAGAAAAGGGUGUGAAAAUGACCAUGCCGAGGAAAAGCGAUUACAGGCAGCAUGCACAUGCCAACCCGUUUUCUAUCCGGGAAAUGACAGUUCCAUCGUCACCCUGCAACGUAAAUCUGCCGGCUGCUAGCUAUGUAGAUGUUGGAUGCGGAUACGGGCGGUUUCUUCUGCAUGUGGCGAAAACCCGUCCCGACAAGAUUGUGUACGGCUUGGAGAUACGGAAAAAGGUGUACGAAUUUGUCAGGGACAAGAUUGCGGAGCUGAGAAGGGAUGCGCUCGGCAAAGAGCAGCAGAGCGGUUCAAGCUUGAAAUGUGAGACAGGCAGCGAUGCACCAGCUGGAUCAGAGGAGAAAUUACCCCUUGAAAAGCAGGAAGACAUCGAGAAGGAGUGCGCAACAUACGAGAAUGUACAUGUGAUACGGACAAAUGCGAUGCUCUUCUUCGUGCACUUUUUCAAGGAAGGGUCGUUAGAGAAAAUCUUCAUACUCUAUCCUGAUCCGCACUUCAAGAACAAGAAGAAGAAGGCCCGUAUGGUAUCGUUGCAAACGAUUCAGUGCUUUGAUUACUGCCUGAUGGAACGGGGACGGGUGUACAUCUCAACGGAUGUUAAGGAAUUAUUCACAACAAUGAUAGAAAGCUUCGAUAAAAGCGCUUAUUUUAGGAGAUUGAGCGACAUGGAGUGCAGUGCUGACGAGUUUUAUGAUGCCAUAGGGAUCGGAACAGAUGAGAGCAAGCGGGCAGGUGCCAAAGCUCAGGUUAUAUAUAGCGCUAUUUAUGAGAAGAACAGCGGGCAAAAAACGGAUGAAACAGAGCAAUAAAUGUUAUUCGUGUCCGUUACGGCAUUUGUUUUUCAUUGUUGCGGAGGAUGGUUGGCAUUGAUGGAUGUAUUUCCUGUGCCCUCCCAUUUCUUUGUUAUUCGCGGGACAGGCAGUAAAAAUACUCUUGUAGGGAUAGAAAGCUAUUAAAAUGAUGAUUGUCGUUGC